AUGCGGGUACCCAAUACAGCACCAAUCAAUGAUCGAAUCGAUCUCACUUCGGACCAUAUCUAUAACGAAGACGUGGUACUGCCGCGAGCUAAGGAGAAUCUUUUUAUUGAUACAGUAUUGUGGUGUCAUGAACAAAACCAAAAAUAUCCUUGGACAAUCGAACAGUUAGGUGCUAAGGCGAUAAUGGUAUGCUUUGGGGCGGCAAUAGCACAAGCAACACGACAUGGUCAGUCAAAUUUUGAAAAUCUCGCGGACCAACCAAUAAUUACGCGUGCUGUGCAAUUUGUUAAUGGUCGAUUGGAUUUGGUGGUAUUCCAGUUGAACACACUCGAUUUAGGAACUAAUAGUCGGUAUAAAAAUGUGGUUUGGAUUGAACCAGGUCUUCAACUGUAUAAACCUGAGAAUUUUACAAAAAAUCUCGAUACAGUAAAAGAUCUAAAUGUGGAUACUUUCAGAAAGUUCAUGGCUUUAUUAUUGGUGAGAUGA